AAUAGAUGUUAAACUCGAACCCGAACCUGAACCUAAACAUGCACUUAAACAAAAAAAAAAGAAGAAAUCAUGGUUAAUCCGAGUGAACCGGAUCAGGUGAGUUUGGAGGUCUAGUCUAGAUGUUAUGGUGUGCACGCGCAUGGUAAGACGACAGCGUAUAAGCAGCUCCAUUCCACGACUUGAAAAUUUAUUCAUCGGGUUAAUCAUGGGCGAAAAAUUCAAGCCCGAAAGCUAGAGUAAUUACAGAGAUGAAGGAAGCAGAAAUGGAGGAAAGUUAUAGGAAGAAACCAUGUCUAAGUCCUAUUACUGCACACAAUCUCUAAACUUCCCUCUCAGAACCCUCGAAUUAUGUUACUCAAGAAGACCCUCCGAUGCAUUAAUCAAGCAUCAAAACCGCCAUGUCGAUGCCGACCACCUGUUCGAAGAAAAUCCCCACAGAGAGAUCCACUCGCUUAAUUCCCAACUCGCAUCUUACGUUCGAAACGGCAACGUUAUUUCCGCAUGGGCUCUCUUUAGACGUAUGAACUCCGCGUGCUCCGCUCUCAAUGCGCACUCUUUCACCCCAGUUCUUGGGGCGUGCUCGGUCUUGCCGGGUCCCGAACGCGGCAAACAAGUGCAUGGACUAAUGAUUAAAACGGGCGCUGACACGGGAACCGUGUCCAAAACCGCUUUAAUGGACAUGUACUCGAAAUAUGGGCAAUUGGGUAACUCUGUUAGAGUGUUUGAAGAGAUGGAAUUCAGGGAUGUUGUGAGUUGGAACGCGUUGCUUUCGAGCUUUCUGCGUCAGGGUCUUACCAUGGAAGCGCUUGGCGUUUUUGAAGCCAUGAAGAGAGAAAAUGUGGAAGUCAGUGAGUUCACUUUAUGUUCUGUGCUCAAAGCUUGUGCUUCCUCCAAGGAUUUUAAGAGAGGGAAACAGGUUCAUGGACUGGUGGUUGUGAUGGGUCGUGAUUUGGUUGUUUUAGGUACUGCCCUUAUUGAUUUUUAUUCCAGUGUUGGGCAGAUUAGGGAAGCCAUGAAAGCAUAUUCAAGCUUAAAUGACAAAACAGAUGAGAUCAUGUUGAAUUCUCUGAUUGCUGGGUGUGUUCGAACUCGAAACCUAAAGGAAGCAUUUUCCGUUAUUAGCACAAUCAAACCCAGCAUACGGGCGCUCACUAGUAUUCUCUCUGCAUGCUCUGAUAUUUCGGAUUUGUGGAUAGGGAAGCAGAUCCAUUGUGUUACAAUUCGUUUCAGAUUCACUACCGAUACUCAAUUAUGCAAUGUUGUGUUAGAUAUGUACGCAAAAUGUGGAAAGAUUAGGAAUGCUCGUUCUUUAUUUGAUGGAAUUCAACACAAGGAUGUAGUUUCUUGGACAAGCAUGAUAGAUGCGUAUGGAGUUCAUGGAUAUGGACUGGAAGCUCUUGAGUUGUUCAAGAAAAUGAGUGAGCACGAAAAUGGAGUCUCACCAAAUUCUGUGACAUUCCUUGUUGUUUUAUCUGCUUGUGGGCAUGCAGGGCUAGUGCAAGAAGGAAGAGAAUGUUUGGAGUUGAUGACUAAUAAGUAUGGUAUUGAGGCAGAGCCAGAGCACUAUGCUUGCGUCAUAGAUAUACUUAGCAGGGCUGGGGAGAUAGAAGAUGUGUGGUGUUUAUUCAGUGAGAUGGUUAGGAAGGGUAGUAAGUCUACAGCAGCUGUAUGGGCUGCGUUGCUAAAUGCUUGUAGUCUUAACCUGGACGUUUCGAGAGGCGAGUUUGCUGCCAAAAAUCUCCUGGAAAUCGAACCCAAAAAACCUGGGAAUUUCGUGCUGGUUUCCAAUUUCUAUGCAGCAAUUGGAAAGUGGGAUUCUGUAGAUAAGCUAAGAGGUGUUAUGAAGGAGAAAGGGUUGCUUAAGGAAGUGGGAAGUAGCAAAGUUCCACGGAGAUGAUUCCAUCAAUAUAUGCUAUGUGACUGAAUUGAAGUGUUAUAAUCACUUGUUAAGAUGGAGUAAAAAUUUGUCUUUAUAGGUUA